AGGGUCCGGACGGCGCCAGCAAAUCUAGCAGUAAACCCCAACCCAAAACCCCAUCCUCCUCCGCCGCCGCCCUCCGUGACCUCUCACCGCCGGGCGCCACCCCUGCUUGCGGCCCCUCCAUACACAAGCAUGAUGGUCCCACUCGACCCCGCGAACAAGCUCACCUUGCAGCGCCGCAUCGCGGAGGGCGACACGGUGGUGGUGUACGAGCGCCACGACGCGAUGCGCGCUGUCGCGGUCCGCGCCGGCGGCGUCCUCCAGAAUCGGUUCGGAGUCUUCCGCCACGACGACUGGAUCGGCCUUCCCUUCGGAUCCAAGGUCUUCAGCGCCUCCGGCGGCGGCGGAGGCAGGGGCGGAGGGGGCAAGGGGGGCGGCGGCGGCAAGGCCGGUGGUGGGUUCGUGCACCUCCUUGCGCCGACCCCGGAGCUAUGGACGCUGGUGCUCAGCCACCGGACCCAGAUCCUCUACAUCGCCGACAUCAGCCUCGUCGUCGCCUACCUCGAGCUCGUCCCCGGGUGCGUCGUUCUCGAGUCCGGCACGGGCAGCGGCUCGCUCACCACCUCGCUGGCGCGUGCUGUCGCGCCGCACGGCCGUGUCCACACAUUUGAUUUCCACGAGCAGAGGGCUGCCUCAGCAAGGGAAGACUUCAAAAGAAAUGGCCUUAGCAGCCUGAUCACAGUCAAUGUGAGGGAUAUACAAGGGGAAGGAUUCCCAGAGGAGCAUCGUGCUGCCACUGAUGCUGUCUUCCUGGACUUGCCCCAGCCUUGGCUUGCAAUACCUUCUGUUGGUUCAAUGCUAAAGCAAGACGGCAUUCUGUGCUCCUUUUCACCUUGCAUUGAGCAAGUACAACGUGCUUGCGAAGCUAUGAGAUCAUGUUUCACAGAUAUUAGAACCUUUGAAAUUCUUCUUCGCACAUAUGAAGUAAGAGAUGGCGCUCUGAAAAGUGGUACUGCCGAUGAGUCUAACGUGGGGCCUCCGCAGAAAAGAAAAAGGUCCACAGCAUCAGGAGAAAAUGCAGACCACGCACAGAAGAACAACUCCAUUUUGGUUAGGCCUUGUAGCACUGCUAAAGGGCACACUGGCUACUUGACAUUUGCAAGGCUUCGCGUGUCCGAUGACCAAACUGAAUCCUGAGGUGAUGACAAGUUGAUAGGAAAUUACCCUAACUGAAUCCUGAGGUGAUGACAACUUGAUGGGAAAUUACCCAUCCUUAACAGCACAGCAGUAAAAUGCAUGCAUUGGUGAGGUGCUGUUUGUCUGCGGGAUCCGGUAAAUCAAUGCUGUUUGUGAUGGGGUGCUGUCGGUCAGGAAGGGUAACAAACCUACAGUUAAAUGCGGUUGUUUCAUCUGCCCGAGGGUGUUGAUCACUGUAACAUACUACACCUCUUUGUUAUGAACUCUAUUCAGUGCGUUUUGCGAAUUGCAGAAUCACUCCUUUUUGUUGUUGAUUUA